AUGUCAUCUGUCCUUCUAUCAAGUUCUGCAAGAACUUCAAUCCUAUUGAGAAAUAACCUCUUCAAAUCUUCCCUGCACUUGCGUGCCUUCUCCGCCUCAGUCCCAAACAACGAAAAAACUCUAAAGGAAACCUUUGCUGACAUCUACCCUGCAAAAGUAGAUCAAAUCAAAGACUUCAAGAAAAAAUACGGCGAUGUAGUCAUCGAUAAUGUCACUCUCUCCCAAACUUACGGUGGUAUGAGAGGUAUCAAAUCCUUGGUCUGGGAAGGCUCCGUCCUCGAUCCAAACGAAGGUAUCAGGUUCAGAGGUAAAACCAUCCCAGAAAUUCAAAAAUUAUUGCCAAAGGCUUCUUCCGGAGGCAGUGAACCAUUGCCAGAAUCCAUCUUUUGGUUAUUGUUGACCGGCGAAGUGCCAACUGAUUCACAAGUUAAGGCCUUCUCAGCAGAUUUGGCUUCCAGAUCCCAAUUGCCUGACCAUGUACUGGCUUUAUUGGAUUCUCUACCAAAAAAUCUACAUCCAAUGGCUCAAUUCUCUAUCGCAGUCACUGCUUUAGAAUCAGAAUCAAAAUUCGCAAAGGCUUACGCUCAAGGUGUAAACAAGAAAGAGUACUGGAACUACACUUUUGAAGAUUCUUUGGAUUUAUUGGGUAAAUUGCCAAUGAUCGCUUCAAAAAUUUACCGUAACGUUUUCAAAGAUGGUAAAAUCUCUAAAAUUGACCAAAACGCUGACUAUUCAAAGAAUUUGGCAAACCUAUUGGGUUUCACCAACACCGACUUUGUAGAAUUGAUGAGAUUGUAUCUAACUAUUCAUUCAGACCAUGAAGGUGGUAAUGUCUCUGCUCAUACUACCCAUUUGGUCGGUUCUGCCUUGUCCUCUCCUUAUCUAUCCUUAGCCGCUGGUUUGAACGGUUUGGCCGGUCCUUUACAUGGUAGAGCUAACCAAGAGGUGUUGGAAUGGUUAUUCAAGUUGAGAGAAGAAGUCAAAGGUGAUUACUCAAAGGAAACUAUAGAAAAAUACUUGUGGGAUACUUUGAACUCUGGAAGAGUUGUCCCAGGUUAUGGACAUGCCGUAUUAAGAAAGACUGAUCCUCGUUACACAGCUCAAAGAGAAUUCGCUUUGAAACACUUCCCAGAUUACGAAUUGUUCAGAUUGGUCUCUACUAUCUACGAUGUUGCUCCAGGUGUCUUGACUAAACAUGGUAAGACAAAGAACCCAUGGCCAAAUGUCGAUUCUCACUCUGGUGUUCUAUUGCAAUAUUACGGUUUGACUGAAGCCUCUUUCUAUACUGUCUUAUUCGGUGUUGCAAGAGCAUUCGGUGUAUUACCACAAUUGAUUAUGGAUAGAGCUUACGGUGCUGCUAUCGAAAGACCAAAAUCUUUCUCAACUGAGAAGUACAAGGAAUUGUCGAAUCAAUUGUCAACAAACCAAUAA